UUUUUUUUUUAAACGCCUUAUGUCCGUCUUUAAGUCAGGUAAAUUAUCCCACGGUUUUAUAGCAGAGCCUCUUUUUAUUUGGUUUGCGUGCGAAAAACGUGUUGACAACGGAUCCUAAAUGUCUUUGGACACCUACACAUCCAGAAAGAACACAGAUGGAAAAAUUUCGCUUGCUUAUGCAAAGCAAGUAUAAACAUCAAGCAUUAAAGGAAUAUCGUCAAUUAUGGAGUUGGUCUGUUAAAUAUCCCGAGUUAUUUUGGUCUGAAGUCUGGGAUUAUACAAAUAUAAUCUCAUCCAAUAAAGGAAAUCAUGUCCUCGAUAAAUCUGAAAUGAUGGAUGAUAUUCCUAUCUGGUUUAAAGAAGCUCGACUUAAUUUUGCUGAGAAUUUAUUGUGGUGUACAAGUUCAGAAAAGACAGCAAUCAUAGCUACUGGUGAGGGACAUGGUAAAAGAUAUAUUAGUUAUGAAGAACUUUACAACGAUGUUUUGAAAUGUGCAGAAGCCCUUAAGGCAAUGGGUGUUGAAAAGGGGGAUCGCGUUGCUGCUUAUAUUCCUAACUGUGCAGAAGCUAUUAUUGCUAUGUUGGCAACAACAAGUAUUGGUGCCAUUUGGAGUUCUACAUCACCUGAUUUUGGAACAACAGGCGUACUUGAUAGAUUUUCACAAAUUCAACCUAAAGUUUUAAUAUCUGUUAAUGCUGUGAUUUAUAAUGGUAAAACGUUGAAUCAUAUUCCAAAGUUGGAGACAGUUGUCAAAGGUCUUCCGUGUCUUAAAAAAGUGGUAUUAAUUCCAUUUGUGAGUGAAGCUGCGGGUUUAGAGAAAUAUGAAAAGGAUAUCCCAAAUUGUAUUUCAUGGUCCAACUUCUUACAAACUGUGACUGAUUUGCCCUCCAAAAUUGACUUUGUUCAAUUACCCUUUCAUCAUCCUGCUUUUAUUUUAUUUAGCUCUGGAACGACCGGUUUACCUAAAUGUAUUGUUCAUUCAGGUGCAGGUCUUUUACUUCAACUUAAAAAGGAGCAUAUCCUUCAUGGUGAUAUGGGACCCGAGGAUGUCUUCUUUUAUUAUACAACAACAGGUUGGAUGAUGUGGAAUUGGCUUGUCUCGGGUCUUAGUCUAGGUGCUACUAUUGUUAUUUGGGAUGGCAGUCCAUUUAAACCUGCUCCUAUUUCCUUGUGGGAAUUAGUUGACGAAUUAAACAUUACUCAUUUCGGCACUUCAGCAAAAUACAUCCAAUCAUUAGAAGAAGCUAAAGUUUAUCCAAAGGAUAUUUGUCAAUUAAAUACACUAAAAGCAGUAUAUUCUACUGGAUCUCCUCUUAAACCAGAUAGUUUUGACUUUGUUUACAAUCAUAUCAAAAAGGAUAUCAUGUUGGGUAGCAUUACGGGGGGUACAGAUAUCUGUUCACUCUUUGCAGGCCAUAAUGCGGCUUUACCUGUUUAUCGUGGAGAGAUUCAAUGUCUAUGUUUAGGCAUGAAUAUCGAAGCCUGGACAGAGUAUCAGACACCUGUCUUUGCUCAAUCGGGUGAUUUAGUCUGUCUGACCCCUUUCCCAUGUAUGCCUGUCUCUAUGUAUGGUGAUGACACUAAACGUAGCAGAUACCGUGGUGCCUACUUUGAUGUCUAUCCUCAUAUCUGGUAUCAUGGUGAUUUUGUCUGGAUCAAUCCCAAGACAGGGGGUGUCGUCAUGCUGGGUCGUUCAGAUGGUACCUUAAAUCCAAAUGGUGUUCGAUUUGGUAGUGCGGAGAUUUAUAACAUUGUGAAUAAAAUCAAUGUACAAGAAGGAAUUGAGGAUUCCUUAUGCGUCGGUCAAAAAUUAAAGGGACAAGAUGAUGAAAGAGUGAUCUUGUUUUUAAAGAUGAAGGAUGAUACUAAACAACUUUCAGAGGAUUUGGUCAAGAAACUCAAGGUCAUGAUUCGAAAUGAAUUAAGUCCUAGACAUGUUCCUGCUUUUAUCCUUGCCAUUAAAGAUAUUCCUCAUACAAUCAAUGGAAAGAAAGUCGAAGUUGCUGUAAAGAAAAUCAUUAGUGGACAAAAAGUAACUGCAACUGGUACAUUGAUUAAUCCAGAAAGUCUUGAUUUAUAUUACAAUAUACCUGAACUGGAACAAUAAUGGGUCAUAUGUACUUUUUUCUUUUACUAGAAUAUAUGGAAUUUUACAAAAUAAACAUUGAAUGUUCAGAAUAA